GGCGGAAGUGCUCCUACUGCGAGCGUCCGCCGGGUCCGGACCCUCAGCCGACUCCACCUCCAAGUGGUUUGAACUUUGAGCUUCUUGUAGCCCCGAUGAACAAUUUGGCUUUCGUCAAGUUUGUGACACUUGGAACUUCAACAGUUGGAGAGAUCAAAAUGGCUUCCAGAGGAAAGACAGAGACAAGCAAAUUAAAGCAGAAUUUAGAAGAACAGUUGGAUAGACUAAUGCAGCAAUUACAAGAUCUGGAGGAAUGCAGAGAGGAACUUGAUACAGAUGAAUAUGAAGAAACCAAAAAGGAAACUCUGGAGCAACUAAGUGAAUUUAAUGAUUCACUGAAGAAAAUCAUGUCUGGAAAUAUGACUUUGGUAGAUGAGCUCAGUGGAAUGCAACUGGCUAUCCAGGCAGCUAUCAGCCAGGCCUUUAAAACCCCAGAGGUCAUCAGAUUAUUUGCAAAGAAACAACCAGGUCAACUUCGGACAAGGUUAGCGGAGAUGGAUAGAGAUCUCAUGGUAGGAAAGCUGGAAAGAGGCCUGUACACUCAACAGAAAGUGGAGAUACUAACAGCUCUCAGGAAACUUGGAGAGAAGCUGACCGCAGAUGAUGAGGCCUUCUUGUCAGCAAAUGCAGGUGCUAUACUCAGCCAGUUUGAGAAAGUGUCUACAGACCUCGGCUCUGGAGACAAAGUUCUUGCAUUGGCAAGUUUUGAGGUCGAAAAAACAAAAAAAUGACCUGGUGUGGAAGCUUGGGACAUUGAUCACAUUCUUGCUGUAAAUGGCAUUUGUCUCAUAGGGAUUUUGAAUCAUUGCAAAGACAUCAAGAGAUUCUUGAAAUACAUUGAUAACCUGAGAAACGGUGAUGGAAAACACACUUGUGGCUUCUGGUUAUACCCUUCCUCGUCGUGCUUCAGGGCUGCUUGCCUGAGUGAUCCUAGAUGGGCGGGAUGAGGAACCCAUUGGGCCUUAUUCAUCAUGUCUUGUGUGUUUGAGAGAAGGAACAGAAAACAGUCUCUCUGCCUGUUUUUAUUAAGCCUCCUUGUUUUAAGUGCCGAUAGUAAAUGAAAAGAUGUGAACUAA